AUGCUAAGACUCAAUCCAAAUUCAAGAACUGCAGCUUUGGCUGUCUCCAAGAGACUGUUCUCAAACAAUGCUAGAGCCCUUUCUAGUUCCUACCGUACUCCAAACUUCGGUUCUAAUAUCAAGGAAGACAGGAACGCUGACAAGUCAAGAUCAUAUGCUUAUUUCAUGGUCGGUUCUCUAGGGCUGCUCUCCUCCGUCGGUGCUAAAUCUACUGUCGAAACUUUUGUCUCCUCCAUGUCUGCUUCUUCAGAUAUUUUAGCCAUGGCCAAGAUCGAAGUCAACUUGGCUGCCAUUCCGGAAGGUAAGAAUGUCGUUGUCAAAUGGCAAGGUAAACCAGUCUUUAUUAGACACAGAACCUCCGAAGAGAUUAAAGAGGCCAAUGACAUCGACAUUUCCUCGUUGAAAGACCCACAAGCUGACUCAGACAGAGUCCAAAACCCAGAAUGGUUGGUCAUGUUAGGUAUCUGCACACAUUUAGGUUGUGUUCCUAUAGGUGAGAGUGGUGAUUUCGGCGGUUGGUUCUGUCCAUGCCACGGUUCUCACUACGACAUCUCAGGAAGAAUCAGAAAGGGCCCAGCUCCAUUGAACUUGGAGAUCCCAAAGUAUGCGUUCGACGGUGAAAAGGUCAUUGUCGGUUGA